AUGAAGGAAUUAUUUUUCAUGUUUCAUGUGCUCCUCCUUGUGUGGUCUAUAUCAUCGUAUAAGAGUAGUGGCCUCAUGCCCAAGAUUAGAGAUAAUAUGAUGAAUGAGAGUAAAAUUAAUUGUAGGCCGGGAGAGAGCAAUGGCGCUGGAGUUGGGAGUGGAAAUAGACUUCAAUAUGACAGUAAGUGUAACGCUGCUGGUACUGAAAAUGAUUGCUGUGGCUGUGGAGAUGGGAAUGGUGGGGGAGGCUUGGGAGGUGGUAGUAGUAGUAAUUUUGGAGGUGGACGUGGUGGUGGACGUGGUGUAGGGGGCGGAGGAGGUGGCGGCGGCGGUGGAGGGGAUGCAGGGGGAUCUGGCGGAGGAAGAGAAUGA